UCUGAUUCUAAAGCGAACCCGUCUGGAUCAUCCUCAUUGUGGAGUUGACGAAAAUGGCUGUGACAUGGCAAGGCGUGGGUUCUUCUACAACAGAGUUGAACCAGGAAGUUCAAACUCGACCGCUUCAUGAACGAAUCGCGAUUGUCACUGGUUCGUCCCGCGGAAUCGGUCGAGGGAUUGCACUUUAUUUAGCCUCACUCGGUGCGAGAAUCGUGGUCAAUUACACCUCCAAUUUGGCCCAAGCGGAGUCAGUCGCCGCUCAGAUCAAUUCCUCCUCCGCCGACGGCGGAAAUCCACGAGCCAUUGUCGUCAGGGCUGAUGUUUCUGAUCCGACUCAGGUGAAGUCUCUCUUCGACGAGGCUGAGAAAGCGUUCAACUCGCCGGUUUAUAUUCUGGUUAAUUCGGCGGCGAUUGUUGAUAGCAAAUACCCUUCUGUAGCCAACACUUCCUUGGAGGACUUCGAUCGAACUUUCAGAGGGGCAUUUCUGUGCUGUAAAGAGGCAGCAAGCAGGUUGAAACGUGGAGGUGGAGGUCGGAUCAUAAUGCUGUCGUCAUCAGUGGUGGGUUCACUCAGAACAGGUCACGGCGUGUACGCGGCGUCAAAAGCGGCGGUGGAGACGAUGGUGAAGAUCUUAGCGAAAGAGCUGAAAGGGACGGGAAUCACGGCGAACUGUGUGGCGCCGGGGCCAAUCGCGACGGACAUGUAUUUUUCUGGAAAGAGUGAAGAGCAAGUGAAGAAGGCUAUAGAAGAAUCUCCUCUGGGUAGGCUUGGUGAGACUAAUGAUGUGGUUCCUCUUGUGGGAUUCUUGGCCUCUGAUGCUGGUGAGUGGGUCAAUGGUCAGGUUGUUCGUGUUAAUGGUGGCUAUGUUUGACAGAGGGAGAAGACAUGGCCAUUGUCAUCGCUGAACCUGGUCAAACGUAUAGAAAAGCCCAUCGUCAAUCCCCACCCAGACAAGUAAAAAACCAGGCUCUUAAUGAAAAGUUUUUAUAUGGAUUCAAAAUACUACGUCAUUCUAGUUUAUUUAAUAAAAUUGCACCAGUUUUUGUGAAA